CUCCGAGAAACAUCACCUGUUGCCACAACUCCGUUACAACUUCGCGCGUUAUUGUGUUUGUAGCGCGAAAAUAUAAAAUGGGUGAGAUGGAUCGCGAAAAUUACUCCUCAAACCCUCUGGAUCAUAUGCCUGCAUACGUCUGGGAAGCUAUUCAUCCUCUCCUAUUAGGCGUAAACGAUACAGAACUAGAUUUACGGAGACCCCACAUAAAGGCGGUUGUUAUUAACACUUAUCCGUACGUUAUUUUUAUUUACGGACUCUUGAUAAGUGUCGGCGUGUCGGGGAAUCUUUUUAUGUUCGCUUAUAUCAUCAACAAAAAACUGUACAAGGACGAGACAUACAGCUUUCUUCUUAAUAAUGCCCUUAGUGACACAGUUAAGUGUGUUGUUGUGUUGCCCCUCUCUUUGUAUGUGCUUCUUGUAAAAAAUUGGGUCUUGGGGGAAUUGCUAUGCUCCUUCAUGCCUAUGAUACAAGAUAUUCCGCAGCACACCUCAACUCUAACGUUUAUAUUGCUGGCAUGGGACAGAUUUAGGUACAUUAAAAAACCUCUUAGACCUCGUUUGCCUGCGUUUGUCUGCAAUGUAGGAACAUGGCUUACAUCUGGCUGCUUGGUUUUACCUUAUCCUAUGUAUAUCAUGUACAUCGAUUUAGGGCAAGUUUAUCCAAAACUCGAUCUUCUACAGGGAGUCGGAUUAUGUACCGUCAAUCUAUUGGAUGAUAUAAAGGAAUACACUAGAGGAAUCUUCAUAAUAAUGUACGCUGCCCCUCUAACAGCCAUUCUAUGCUUUUUCAUCCGAGUGUCAAGAGAACUGUCCAGACAAAAUCCUACGGCGGCAAUAAAAUUCGAAGCGAGAGCCAAAGAAACAAAGGCUCGGAUCCAGGACGGGCUGCCGACUGCAUCGACUGAAGUGCAGAGUAUCAGAACGGACUACGAUCGAUCAAGUCAAUACAGUCGGGGCAGUUUUCGAGACUUCGAUACCGCAAGAACACUUUACGAAUUUAGAGAACCAGACCUCAACGUUAUCAAAGAGCGUAGGACGCUGAGGUUUCUUGUUGCUAUUAUAGUGCUCUACGGCAUCUGUCUUUUCCCUCUGAUGGUUUUGAAAGUGGCCAGACUGUCAAUUAAGGAGACCUAUGCUAAUAUUGCCGUCUUCGAUGUACUGUACUUAAUUGUCGUCUGGAUAGCCUUUUUACCAACAUGCACUACCCCUUUGCUAUUUAUUCUAUGGAAGUUAACCAGUUCAUCAAUAGACCGGAUUAGAGGAUAUCUUAGACUCAGUAGUAGAAAGAAGAGGCAUUCUAAUGAAACAGUGACCACGGUAGCGGGAACUCCAGCUUUCCAGCCAAGAAAGAAAAGUCAUGUUUCAGAAGACAAUAUCUCUGAUUCAAAUAGUUGCCAACAAGAUUUGCCAUCUACCUGAUGACAUGAACAAUGUAAAAGGUAUUCAUCGUUGAAUUUAAACAAUAGAGAGCAGCUAAUAUAACGUCAGGAUUAAUAAGGAGAUCAUUUUUUGUAGUAAUUUUAAACUAAGGAUAUAAAAGAAAACAAAGUUUGUAAUAUUUUCUAG